AUGCACGACGCCGCGGCGAUGGGCGACGCGCGCGCCGUCGCCCGGCGCCUGGAGCGAGGCGAGCACCCGGACCAAGGGGAUUUUUUGUCGCAGACGCCCCUCCACCACGCGGCGGCGCGAGGGAAAACGUCCGCGGUCGUGGCGUUACUGGACGGCGGCGCGAACGCGGACGCCCGCGACGUCAACGGACGCACACCUCUGCACUGCGCGGCGGCGUGCGCCCGCGGCAGGCUCGAGUGCGUGCGAACGCUCCUGCGACGUGGCGCG